AUGGAAUAUGAGACCACAGGACGGAACACUAUAGAAGAGGUCGAAGCUCGUUCGUACCUGUGUUGUGGCCCAGGUCUAGGGUUCGGAAGCCUGUUCGGAGGCAGCGAGGGGGCGCUGAAGGCGUGCAGACGAAGGAAGGCGCGAACGGUGUUCAGCGACCAUCAGCUCGGGGGCCUGGAGAAGCGGUUCGCUGGCCAGCGGUACCUCUCCACGCCAGAGCGGGUCGAACUGGCCACCUCCCUCAAUCUGUCAGAGACUCAGGUCAAAACAUGGUUCCAGAACCGACGAAUGAAACACAAGAAGCAGCUACGCAAGCACACGGACGAGAAGACACCAGCGAGCAGCAACAGCAGCAGCAACAGCAGCACUGACGGAGAAACGCAGCAGCAACAACAACAACAACAGCAGCAGCAGAAGGGAGGCGUCCCACAGCUCAUUCCAGGCUCCCCGCUAGAUGUUGCGGUGUCACCAUGCACUACGACCGCCCGGGACAGUGACGUCUCCCAUUCCGACUACGAGGACGAGAUCGACAUUGUGGGUAUCCCUACAGAUCUGCGCCAUGCCCACCCCUCACAGACACACCCACAGGCCGCCCACUAAGCCACGAGGACCCUCCCUCAUGUCCACAUCUCCCGCAUCUGAACCUUUCACCUCCAUGCUUCAUAGCUUGGCAUCUCUCGGUGUUGGCACCUCACAGGCUUACAGUUGGCACCUCACAGACCUA